GACGCUGGUGCAACUAUAUUCCUCGUUUGCUCGGAGUUCGGCAGUACGUAGUAUUCAGGAGCGACGCGUUAGAUAGGGGGCAAAUAAGUAGCAGUGGCUGUCUUGCUGCGGAGUUUGUGUCGCCCGGUAUACUAGACCGAGAAUUUAUUUCAGAGUAAUAGAUCCACGCUUCUUUUAGACUUUAGUGAUCGAGAUUAGUGUCGCCGGUAAACUUUUCGUGUUUUCGGAGAAAAUAACAUUAAAAUAAUAAUAUUAUAGAAAAAUUUACAAGGAUCAACGAAGCGUGUAUAUAUUCGACUUUUAAACCACUGUAUUCUUCGGUGAUAAUCUGUCGUUUACCAAGAUGGCCGAACUACAGGGCACGCCGGUUACUCAGGACGCACUGUCCGUGGCCCAACUUGAACUUGGAGGAAAUCCUAACGCCUUGGCGCUGCGUAGGCCAUUCGACCCUGUCGCACAUGAUCUUGACGGUACUUUCCGCCUGACACGUUUUGCUGAUUUGAAAGGAUGAGGGUGUAAAGUCCCUCAAGAGGUUCUUGGUAAACUUCUUGAGGGACUACAGGCGGACGAUAAUAACGUCCAAGAUCAUGAGCAUGCCCAUUUUAUGCAUAUGGCUAUUCCGCGCAUUGGCAUUGGCAUGGAUUCCUCCGUAACGCCGUUGAGGCAUGGUGGUUUGAGUCUAGUACAGACAACGGACUUUUUUUAUCCUUUGGUAGACGAUCCUUACAUGAUGGGCAAAAUUGCAUGCGCCAAUGUGAUCAGUGAUUUGUACGCUAUGGGUGUUACGGAGUGCGACAAUAUGCUGAUGCUUUUGGGGGUCAGCACCAAGAUGACUGAAAAAGAAAGGGACGUUGUUGUUCCACUUAUAAUGAGAGGCUUCAAGGACUCUGCUCUUGAAGCAGGGACGACUGUUACUGGUGGUCAAACUGUCGUUAAUCCAUGGUGUACAAUUGGGGGUGUUGCCUCUACGGUUUGCCAACCCAACGAAUACAUCGUGCCGGACAACGCGGUUGUUGGCGAUGUCUUGGUGCUAACAAAGCCGCUUGGAACCCAGGUGGCAGUCAACGCUCACCAGUGGCUAGAUCAGCCCGAUCGUUGGAAUAGGAUCAAACUAGUAGUCAGCGAAGAUGAUGUGAGAAAGGCAUAUCAGCGUGCAAUGGACAGCAUGGCUAGGCUAAACAGAAUAGCUGCACGACUCAUGCAUAAAUAUAAUGCACAUGGGGCAACGGACGUCACAGGCUUUGGCCUCUUGGGUCAUGCCCAAAACCUGGCAAAACAUCAGAAGAAUGAAGUUUCAUUCGUUAUACACAAUCUUCCGGUUAUCGCCAAAAUGGCAGCAGUUGCUAAAGCAUGUGGUAACAUGUUCCAAUUGCUUCAAGGCCACUCCGCAGAGACCAGUGGCGGAUUGCUCAUCUGUCUUCCACGAGAACAGGCUGCUGCAUAUUGUAAGGACAUUGAAAAACAAGAGGGUUACCAAGCAUGGAUCAUCGGGAUCGUUGAGAAGGGUAAUCGUACAGCGAGGAUAAUCGACAAACCGCGAGUCAUCGAAGUACCCGCGAAGGAAAAAGAUGGUGAACUCUGGUAGAGGGGUGAUCUUACGGAUGAUUAUGUUAUAUGAGUUUGAUAUCACGCAUUCAAGGUGGUUAGAUCUUGCAGUGCUAAUAGCUGUUGGUUAGCAAUUAUUGUAAGAUCGCCACGAAUGUUGAUCGGAUUAUCGAAUAGACGGGAAACCACUUUGUGUUUCCCAAGUUCUUGGAGAGCUUGAUAAUAUCUAAUAUACGUAA